AGGUGAAAUGAGGGUCAUAUUGUUUGCAUUGUUUUUAACGGGUGCCAUUGCAUCUACAACGCCAGCAGGCAAGUGCUUCACAGAAGCUCAGUGCGGUGUUGGAGAAUGUUGUUUUCGUCAAACAGGGCCUCUUAUUGCCAGUAAACGACAGAAUCUGGACAAUUUGUUCUCUACAUCGCUAGGAGUUUGUAAAAAAUACCUUUUGGAAGGGCAACACUGCAAUGUAUUUGACCAAUGGAAUUAUCACUGUAGUUGUGCCCCAGGAUUGCGAUGUGAUUACAAACUCCCUUCGACAACGACUACGUCAUCACCCUUACAGUGGAUGAGGGCGGCUCGAACACUUGCAGCAUCUCCAGAUUUAUAUAGAUGUGUGCCCACAAAAUAAAAUGUACUGUA